CAAGGAUGACAAGAUAAAGCCGGAACAAAGAGACCGCGUUCCGCCGCAGAUAGCUAAGCGUUCGAGGUGUUUGAGUAGCUGCGGCUCCCGUUCUGAUGGCCGCCGCCGCCGUCCAAUCUCUCCUCGUGGCCUCCUCUCCGCCCUGCCUCUUGCCACCAUGUGCCGCUGCUGCCUCCAGACCUCGUGCACUGCAUCGGUCGCCCUCUUCCACCGACGCUUCCCGGCUCGUUUCUUCCUUCACGCGCGGCUCUCCCGGUGUCUUUUGGGUAACAUCUCAGAGAAAGAAAGUUAAUCAUCAAAGAACAUCUGUUUCCAUAAGGUGUGAGCAGGGAACAAAGGAGAGUAGCGGAUUGGAUGUGUGGUUGGGUCGCCUUGCUAUGGUUGGGUUUGCAACAGCAAUCACAGUCGAAAUAUCAACAGGGAAAGGACUUCUAGAGAACUUUGGGUUUAUGACACCAUUGCCUACUUUAGCAUUGGUUGUUACAGCACUAGUUGGAGUUCUUACAGCAUUCUUCAUCUUUCAGUCUGCCUCUCGAGAUUAAUCGUUUAACUUUGGGUUUAAGACACCAUUGCCUACUCUAGCAUUGGUUGUUGCAGCAACAGUGGGCCUUCUUACAGCAUUCUUCAUCUUUCAGUCUGCCUUUGGAGAUUAAUUGUUGUAGAUUAUUUUCUCUUUUCUUGUUUAAAGCGCAUAGAUAUGCUUUCAAGCUGAUGGAUCAUAUUGCUUGAAGACAAUACUAUCAUGUAAGCUGAUGGUUGUCUUACCAUGUAAGGUUUACUUGGCAACCUUACUUUUCGUUGA